AUGCCUCUUGAGCUUCGCCUUGAGUCAGACAGAGCCAUUGUUAGCUCAGACGACAACGAUUGGAUUCAACAUAUUCACAACGAGUUCACUGACUCAGACCUCGACUCAAUUAAUGCCGACUCAAUUGAAGAGAUAUUUGAAAAACUCGGAAAGUUUAAUGUCCUCGGCCUACUAAAUCUGGCUAUACGCCUACGCGACAUCUCUGGUUCGCUCAAGGGACGUAUCUCGUCGGCUCUCAGAAAUCUCGGCUUUCGCACGCCACGUAUCUCGAUUGACCAAGAAGGGAGAUGUAUCAGGUGUGGAGAUAUGCAUGGGAUUAUGUCUUAUUUACAUGAAAUGGAAAUGUCAUCUAAAGCUGGGUGUCCAUCAUGUCACAUCUUAGCCACAGGUAUACGACUGUAUUUGAAGAAGGAGAAAUCAUUUCGGAGCGGAAGAUUGAUGGUUAUGAAGGACUGGAAUACAGGCUGCGCAGGGAGACAGUUUGUACAAACUAAUGUUAGGUCGGCGGCGAUGCCAGGGGCGCUGGGAGUGAGGGUCUUUUUAGAUGGCGGAGGAGAUGUGAAGCAUUUGUUUACAGACGCGAGAAAGGUGCCUAUGAAGUUUGUGGGCGAGUUGAACUUCUUUGGCCUUGAUGGGUCCCCUACAUCGUGGGAUUUAGUUGGCCUGGCGGCUGAGAUCUCUGGCGACACAGCGUCAGACGCUGCAUUUGAAUGGUUUCGAAACCAACUAGUUCAUUGUGUUCAAAAUCAUCGGUUGUGCAACGAACUCAAUGCCGCGAAGCUACCUCCUCGAGUCCUAGACCUUGGCCCUCCUGGUACCGCAGGGCUUGACACUGAUAUUAAGCUCGUGUCCUCCCUGGGUCAGCAAGAUCGUUACGCAUGUCUGAGCUAUUGCUGGGGCGGUACUAUUGAUAUUCGAUUGCUUCGAAACAGAUACCACGGAUAUCUCCGUAGAAUACCGUGGGAUAUUCUUCCCCAAGGGUAUCAAGACGCCAUUCAGCUUACACGCCAAUUGGGUAUACGCUACAUCUGGAUUGACUCACUAUGUAUUGUCCAGGAUGAUGAGGAUGACUGGCGACAACAAGCUUCGCUCAUGGCACAGAUAUUUCGAAAUGCCUACGUCACCAUCGCAGCUACAAAGUCGCGGAACCCCAAUGAUGGCUACUUUUCUGUCAGCCCAUCUAAGUUCAUCGCCACCAGGAUUGAGUCCCAGGCACAAAACGGAGAGACCCGACACGCAUAUGUUCGACAAACGAUCCCACACUUCUUCUCAUCAACGGCUUCACCAAAUCGUGACUUUACCAAAGGAAAUUUCCCUCUCUUGUCUCGAGGAUGGGUUUUUCAGGAAAGGCUGCUAUCUCCUAGAGUACUACAUCUAGGAGACCUGGAGAUGGCUUGGGAGUGUAACGAGAGCUGCGCUUGUGAAUGCAUCGGAGAAACAAGGACCUAUGAGUCAGAGCUGAGGUGGACGCACACGAAAGGAGGGUACACAAGGAGAAUGGCGGAAGCGAAGAGCGAAAAGGAUGUCCAGCCAGAAUGGAGAAGUAUCGUGGAGCACUACACCAAGACUAGCUUGACUUAUCGGAGAGAUGUCCUUGCAGCGAUAUCAGGUGUAGUAAGAGACAUGAAACGCCACCGAAGCGAUAGAUACCUUGCGGGUGUGUGGGAAGACAGCGUGUUGGAAGACCUAGCAUGGAUGUCGUGUGACAGGACGAAGGCCAGGCCCAGCGGAUGGAACGCUCCAUCGUGGUCGUGGGCAUCCGUUGCGGUGCCGGUGAAGUUUCCGAAUAGGCGGACAUUCCUGAAUGGUAGAUAUAUCCAGGAUAUGGAAUUCUUGGAGCAUAGGACACGGUUCGUCGAAGCUGGGAUCACCGCUGUGGGUCAGGAUGAAACUGCGCAACUGAGUGCUGCUCAUAUGGUACUUGUUGGGCCCAUGAUUUCUGCCAAGCUCGAUGAAGACCCGGAUAUUCUGAGCCAAAGGCAGCUCUACCUGGCAACCAACAGGGACAGAAGCCUGGUAUUCGCACCAGACUACGACCUAGAGAGAGAAGGUCCAAGUUGCGUGCCCAUGGGAACUACGAUAUAUAUCCUGCACUUGUGCCAGGAGCCAAAGUUCAGUGAUGAAAAACGAAGGGACACAACUAGAAAAGCCUUCUCGCUGGUCCUUAGGAGGCUACAUGGACUUAACGGUAGCAACGGCCAAAUGGUUCGUUCGAGCGAAGACCCUACAGACGGCACGUACGAAAGAAUAGGGAUCAUGUUUCAAGGCCCGGAUCAGGCGUACUCAGAGGGAUAUGUUGCGGCACAUGGAGUGGAUUGCGUGGUGAAACUCAUGUGA